GUCUACUCAGCACUUUCCUUAAAACGAACCAAUCCUUAUCGAUUUUCACUCUCAAUCUUAACCGGCGACGUCCCACCGCGUCUCACUCUCUCCUCUCUCAAACCAGAACCUAAUCCUUUUAAAACCGUCCAGAUCCAUCUCCCCCCCCCCCUCUAUCACAAUUGUAAUGGCAUCUUCUACUUCUUGUCUGAAUCUCUUCGUCUUAUCGUUCCUCUCCGUUCUACUCAUUACCAAAUCACAAAUCUAUGAUUCGGUCAACGGAGCUGUUUUCCCGAUUACUCGAGACCUAUCAACAGGUCAACAUAUCGCAGAGAUUCGCCUUGGGGACUCGCCGGAGCCAGUUAAGCUCGUGGUGGAUCUCUCCGGUCCGCUUCUAUGGUUCGACUGUUCCUCGGGAAAUCUUUCCACGUCGCGAAGUCUGAUAUCAGGAAGCUCAAGCGGCUGUGUGAAAGUUGAUUAUGUCGGAGCUUCAUCGCGUGGAGACCAGAACGCUGAUUGCGAUUUGCUCGUCAGAAACGACGUCGUUGGGAUUACGGCGAGAGGAGAGCUCGCAACAGACGUCUUAUCACUCGGAUCUGUUUCUUCUCAGGGAACCGUUGAUCCACUCUUCGCAUGUGCACCUCCGUUGCUGUUACGUGGGCUCGCUAGUGGAGCCCAAGUAGUAAUGGGCCUUUCCAAGGCCCAAAUCUCUCUCCCUUCACAACUCGCCGCGGAAACCAGCGAACGCCGUCGUUUAACUGUUUAUUUCUCGCCGUCGAACGCCGUCGUGUCAACGAGUUCGGUGGAGGAGGUGUUCGGAACGGCCGCAGCUAGAUCGUUGGUCUACACGCCAUUGUCUACAAGCUCGAGCGGCGAUUACUUAAUCAACGUGAAAUCCAUCAGAGUCAACGGGGAGAAGCUCGCCGCCAAGUGUCCGUUAUCGGCGGAGCUAAGCACGUUAGUUCCUUACACGACGCUAGAGAGCUCGCUCUACGCGGUGUUUGCGGAAGGUUACGUUAAAGCUGCGACUAACGCUAAAUCGGUGGCUCCCGUAGCACCGUUCGGUCUCUGCUUCACGAGUACGUCUUCGGCUGAGGUAGAGUUUCCGGCGGUUGAACUCGCUUUGCAGAGCGAGAUGGUGAGGUGGAGGAUUCAGGGGAAGAAUCUAUUGGUGGAUGUUGGUGGUGGAGUCCAAUGCUUGGGUAUUGUGAACGGCGGGUCAAACCGGGUCAACCCGAUUACAAUGGGUGGGUUACAGUUAGAAGGCUUUGUAUUGGACUUUGAUUUGGGUAACUCGAUGAUGGGGUUCGGACAAAGAAAUUCCUUCCGACCAGAAGCUUUGUAGUUAAAAACAUCUGAUAUUAACACGUAGAUGUUGUCAGUUUUGCGUCUUUGUAUGUUUUGUGUCGACAUAAGAGUACCGUUUCUUACAUGAGUUACUGUAAGCAACUCUACUCAUUUACACUAAUAUAGUUUGUUGGUCGUGAUACAUAAAUUUAAAUUCAAACAGUGUCUGUUAA